AGAUAAAGAAGAGAAAAAGAAGACAAAAAUAGAUUUCACACCGAAGGACCCCGUAAAGAGACCCCAAAAAGGACCCCAAAAAGAGACCCCAAAAAGAGACCCCACAUCGAGACACCCCAUAAAGACCCCACACCAAGGGACCCCAUAACGAAACCCCACACCGAGGGACCCACCCAAGAGACCCCACACCAAGGGACCCCAUAACAAAACCCCACACCAAGGGACCCCAUAAAGACCCCACACUGAGGGACCCCAAAACUUAGGGGACCCCAUCCAAACCCCCGAAAUGAGCGCAGAGGCCGCCAGCCCGUCCCCCGCGGCCCGAAAUGUACCCCAAGAAGCCGAAGCAUCACCUGGACCCCCUCCUCCCCACCCCCAGGAGCGACCCCACCAGCUCCCCCAGCAGGACCCCGCCCCGCCUCCCCAGCGAGCCAGGAGCCGUGGCACCAACCCCAGCCCAGGGAGCCACGCCACAGGAUCACCCGGGAGGCCUGAACCUAACGAUGAUGGGGCCGAGCCAGAGCAGCAGCGGCCCGCCCUCGGGUUGUGGCACGCCCGUCAGCGAGGUGGGCGUGGCCACGAACGUCAUCAUCCGGGAUGACGUCAACCUCUCCGCCCGCACGCCCGUGAAGCAAGAGGAGGAAGAGGAGCUGAAGCACGCCUACACGGCCGCCCACGCCCAUACCCAGGCCGCCGCCCACGCGAUCCACGUCGUGCCCAAGGCGGAAGUGAGGCAGGUGAGGGGGACACGGAUGUAA